AUGACCGGAUCUUGUAUUGUUGAUAUGAUGAACAAUCGGCGACGCUCUCAUUCGGCCACACGUCUUGAAAUUCGCAAUCGUUUUGCACCACGAUUUUCGAGUUCAAUACGAAUUGAUGCAACAAAAUUAUGCACUCAG